AUGGGUCGCCCGGGUCAUGGGUCGCCCAGGUCAUGGGUCGCCCGGGUCAUGGGUCGCCCGGGUCAUGGGUCGCCCGGGUCAUGGGUCGCCCGGGUCAUGGGUCGCCCGGGUCAUGGGUCGCCCGGGUCAUGGGUCGCCCGGGUCAUGGGUCGCCCGGGUCAUGGGUCGCCCGGGUCAUGGGUCGCCCGGGUCAUGGGUCGCCCGGGUCAUGGGUCGCCCGGGUCAUGGGUCGCCCGGGUCAUGGGUCGCCCGGGUCAUGGGUCGCCCGGGUCAUGGGUCGCCCGGGUCAUGGGUCGCCCGGGUCAUGGGUCGCCCGGGUCAUGGGUUGCCCGGGUCAUGGGUCGCCCGGGUCAUGGGUCGCCCGGGUCAUGGGUCGCCCGGGUCAUGGGUCGCCCGGGUCAUUGGUCGCCCGGGUCAUGGGUUGCCCGGGUCAUGGGUCGCCCGGGUCAUGGGUCGCCCGGGUCUUGGGUCGCCCGGGUCAUUGGUCGCCCGGGUCAUGGGUCGCCCGGGUCUUGGGUCGCCCGGGUCAUUGGUCGCCCGGGUCAUGGGUCGCCCGGGUCAUGGGUCGCCCGGGUCAUGGGUCGCCCGGGUCAUGGGUCGCCCGGGUCAUGGGUCGCCCGGGUCAUGGGUCGCCCGGGUCAUGGGUCGCCCGGGUCAUGGGUCGCCUGGGUCAUGGGUCGCCCGGGUCAUGGGUCGCCCGGGUCAUUGGUCGCCCGGGUCAUGGGCGUGAUCGGUCUGACCUACAUCAUAAACAAGUUCCGUAUCGUGAAGCUGACCACGAAGGACCAGUUCAUCAUCGCCUACGGUGGCCUGCGAGGGGCCAUCGCCUUCUCUCUGGGCUUCCUGCUCGACGAAGUGCACUUCCCCAAAAAGGACAUGUUCCUCACGGCCAUCAUCACCGUCAUCUUCUUCACCGUCUUCGUUCAGGGCAUGACCAUCAAACCUCUGGUGGAGCUCCUGGCUGUGAAGAAGAAGCAGGAGGCCAAACGUACCAUCAACGAGGAGAUACACACACAGUUCCUUGACCACCUCCUGACUGGGAUUGAAGACAUCUGUGGCCACUACGGGCACCACCACUGGAAGGACAAGCUCAAUCGCUUCAAUAAAAAGUACGUGAAGCGGUGUCUGAUCGCCGGAGAGCGGUCGGAGGAGCCGCAGCUCAUCGCCUUCUACCACAAGAUGGAGAUGAAACAGGCCAUUGAGCUGGUGGAGAAGGGCGGAGCCAAGAUGCCCGCCAUCCCCUCCACCGUCUCCAUGCAGAACAUUCAGCCUAAGAAGCAGGUUCCUCCGGAGAGAAUGCUGCCGCAGCUGCCCAGGGGCAAAGAGGAGGAGAUCCGGAACAUUCUGAGGAGCAACCUCCAGAGAACACGACAGAGGCUGCACUCGUACAACAGACACACACUUGUGGCCGACCCGUUCGAAGACGGCAUCAUCCUGAGGAAAAAGAAGGUGAUGGAGAUAAAGAUAAAGGAGAUGAAUAACUACCUGACGGUGCCGGCCCCGCCCCCGGACUCCCCGACCAUGUGCAGAGCCAGACUGGGCUCAGACCCGCAGGCCUACAGUAAGUCCGUGGGAGAUGACGUUCCCACCAUCCACGUGGACCUGGCCUCUCCUCAGUCUCCGGACUCCGUGGACCUCACAGACGAGCUGAAGAGGAACCAGACCAGGUCCGACGAAGACCAAGGUCUCGUCAUGAGACCGCCCUCCUCCAAGCGGCCCGAGGACCCCGACCGGGACCAGCAGAAAUUCACCAGGUGCCUGAGCGACCCUGGUCCCAGCGCAGAUGAAGAGGAGGAGGACGAGCCUUUCCUGCCGUAG